AUGCUAAAUGAGUUAUAUUAUGCUGCAAUCAUUGAUGGAUUGGCAAUUAAGAUGGGAGAUCCGAAUCGAUUAAUUUUGCCUUGCGAAUUUGGCAAUUCCACUUCAAUAAAUGCUUUAGCCGAUUUGGGGUCUAGUAUACAUCUCAUGCCAUAUUCCUUUUACAAGAAGCUCGAUCUACCAAAACUACAAAACACAAGGAUAACACUUCGAAUGACGGAUCACUUAAUCACUCACCUACGUGGAAUUGUUGAAGAUUUGUUGGUGAAUGUGGGGAAAUUUAUUUUUACGGUUGCCUUUGUGGUUCUAGACAUGAAAGAAGACGGAGACCUUCCCAUAAUUUUGGGAAGACCAUUCUUGAGCACCACGAGAGCCCUUGUUGACAUCCAUGAUUCUUAG